AUGUUCGAUCUACCUAAUGCUAAGCGCAUCCGCCGCGAUGAGAUCCAUUCUCCGACAUCCUCCCGAACACCAUCACCCGCACCAGAUGACGCCGCCGCCCAGGCCGCAUACGCCCGUCUAGGAAAAUUACUCAAUCUCGAUCAAUUGGAUACCGCACCAGAACCCACCAGUCAAGACAAUGAUCCCUCUGCGGAGAACGAGGAUGAGGAACAAGAAUUCGAAUUCCGGCUGUUCAGUGCCCCCGCCAAAUCAACAGAACAAGCCAAAGAGAAGUCCGAAAAUGAUACAAAUGCGAACGACGCAGAGUCAAAGCCCGCCGCAGCUACACAAAAACUGAGAAUUCGGCUACACUCACCCACACCGGGAUCUGGAGAUAGCACAGAGGGACGAUUUGUGAAAGCCUCGCGCGGAUGGGAUUAUUACUUCUCUACACCUUCUCUCCAGGGCACCAGUCGCGGAGAGCCCACAGCGGAGGAAUCAAGUCAGAUAGCGGAAAAGAAGAAACAAUUUGAGGACAUGGCUGUCAGUGGACAGCACAUGAUGACAUGGGCACAGUCACUAGUCUGGCCCGGUUGCCAUCUGCCCUGGCGCGUCAUUCAUUUAAAGCGACACCAGACCAAAACGCCCCCGUGCACCCAACAGUCUUCCUGUAAGAAGCGCCGGGUGCAGUUGCGCAAGCGGACUGCAGCGGCAGAGGCCGCUAAGGUGUCCGAAGCGGAGAAGCGCACUCGCAAGAACCGCGAGAGGAAACUCAAGCGCAGACAGAAAGCCAGGGAGCAAAAGGCUGCAGCGGCGGGCGUUAGUGUUGAGGAUCUACCGGCUGAUGCUGAUGAGGGUGCUUCCUCGGGAGGCGAGGAAUGA